AUGGUGACUGGGGCCUGGUCUGUGGUGUGCUUUCUGCAAGAGAGAGAGAGAGAAAAUAGUCUGAAUGAUUAUGUUCGUUGGGUGGGGGAAGUGUAUUUACUGUUUCGUGUGCUAUUGGAGAAGAUAUUAAGAUCAACACCAGUGGGGAAAGUGUAUUUACUGAUCAAGGCCAAGGAUGAUGAGGAUGCACUCCACAGGCUCACUAAAGAAAUAAUAAACUCGGACUUGUUCGAAUGCCUGAGGAAAAAACAUGGGCCAUUGUACGAGGAUUUCGUGAAGGAGAAGAUGAUACCAGUUGUUGGAAAUAUUUGCGAACCGAACAUGGGAAUGAGCUCCGAAUAUACCGAUGCUAUUAGAAGAGACGUCGAAGUCAUUAUCCAAUCUGCUGCUAGCACAACCUUGAACGAGAGGUAUGAUGUGUUGAUAGGCGCGAACAUGAGCGCCCCUCAACGGUUGAUGAGGUUUGCCAAGACGUGCAAGAACCUCAAACUCUUCACCCAUAUUUCGACCGCGUAUGUGAAUGGAAAACAAGAAGGGAUAAUAUGGGAAGAGCCACUAGUUAUGGGAGACAACAGACGAAAGGAAGAAAAAGAAGAUAACUUAUCUACUAAAUCAUGCGCUCGGUUGGACUUAGCUGACGAGAUCAACAUGAUCUUCAAAUCAUCGAAGGCCUCCACGGAUUAUGACGUCACCAAAAAUCUGAAAAAACUUGGCCAAGAAAGGGCCGAUUUUUUCGGAUGGUAUAAUACGUACCACUUGACGAAGGCUAUGGGUGAGAUGGUGCUCGAUGAAAUUCGAGGAGAUGUGCCCGUUUUAAUCAUACGCCCGACCGUCAUCGAGAGUAGCUACAAAGAGCCUAUCCCUGGAUGGAUACAAGGAAAUAGGAUGUUCGAUCCCGUUAUCCUUUCUUACGGUAAAGGACAACUUCCCGCUUUCUUAGGAAAUCCUGAAGCUACUAUGGAUAUUAUACCAGUUGAUAUGGUAGCAAACACAACAAUUGCAGCUAUAGCAAAUGAGGGAAAUGCAGAGGAGCCAAAGCUUAAUGUGUACCAUGUGGCAACAAGUGUGGCAAAUCCUCUUAAAUAUUCGGAUUUUUUUGAGUACCUUUACGAGUACUUCAACUCUGCGCCGCUACAUGAAUCUCAGAGUAUAUCUAGAAUCGAGUAUUUCGACAAUUUCAACGACUUCUCCCAAUACACACGAGAGGAAAUUUCACGACGUGCCGGGUCGGAGCACGCGGUUGCUAGCGACAAACGGAAUAUUCAAAAUCGGUUCAAGGCCAAGGUUGCAUAUGCCGAGCAACUAUGCAAGCUGUACGAGUUUGCAGGGUUUUUCAACGCGAGGUUCCACAAUGGCAACACGGAGAAAUUAAUUGGAAAAAUGAGCGAGAAAGAGCAAGUCGAGUUUGAAAUAAAUGCAAGGAAGAUAGACUGGAAAAUUUACUUUCAGGAGGUUCAUGUCCCUGGAUUGAGAAAACACAUACUGAUCAAUGGGCCAAGGGCUUCAUCAGUACAUUAA